GAUGUGCGGCACAACAGCGCAUGGGCCAGAAUACAAUGUGUCAGAAAACAGGCUGUUCGAGAUGGGCUGGAGUAUGCCUGGUCUGACACCUGUCGCAUCGACAAGAGUAGCAGCCAGGAGCUCACUGGGUCCAUCAACUCCAUGUGUCGUUGGUACUGGAACUCUCAGUGCUGCUGUGUAUAUCUUCACGACAUG